AUGAGCUCCUUUCUUCGACUGUGCUUCCCAAAUAUGAAGGGCUUGAUCAACUGCAUGCACUCGAAGCUGAUGCUCCUCUUCCACCCCGACAAACUGCGCAUUGCCAUCCCGACCGCCAACCUCCUGAACUUCGACUGGGGCGAGACUGGACAGAUGGAAAAUUCGGUAUUCAUGGUCGACCUUCCACGGCUCGCAGAUGGCAAGAUCUCGGAAGCAGGAGACCUGCCCGCAUUUGGACAAGAACUCAUUUAUUUCCUUGAACAACAAGGACUUGAUGACGAUGUUCGCACUGGCGUUUUGAAGUUCGACUUCUCCGCAACCAAAGAUAUGGCCUUUGUUCACACGGUCGGAGGCAUGCACUUUCGCGACGAAGCAGAGCGGACAGGCCUGAUGGGACUCAGCAAGGCUGUCAAGCAACUCAACUUGGCGACACAAGACUUGGAACUCGACUUCGCAGCAUCGUCGAUUGGACGACUGAAUGACAACUACUUGCGAGACUUUCAUUCCGCCGCCAAAGGCAUCAGCUUGAUCGCACAAGCUGCGGAGGCCAAGUCCAAAGCAGCAUCCACAUUCUUUGAUCGCAAAAAGGCCUCCACAGUCGCCAAGCCUGACAAUGUGCGCGAGAAGGUGCGAAUCUACUUUCCUACCGCUUCCACUGUGCGAGUUUCCACAGCCGGCGCAGCGGGCACACUUUGCAUUGCGCGCAACUACUUUGAAGGUUCCACUUUCCCUCGCGCUUGUUUCCGCGACUACAAGAGCACCCGCACCGGCCUCCUCAGCCACAACAAGAUCCUCCUU